CAAGGUAGUAUCUCCAAGAAAGACAAUGAAGACAGGGACCAUCGUCGUCCUCAUCCUCGCAUUACCGUUCUUGGGCGGCGCCGCCGGCGAGCACUGCCCCGGCGUCUCGUCGCUGCCGGUGGAGGCGGCCUGCCGCAAGGCGUGCGGCACGAGGCUCAUGUACGACAUGUGCAUGGACACUCUGCGCGAAGGCUUCGACCCCAACCCGUCCCGCUCCGUCGAGGUCACCGCUUACGUGCUCCACGCCGCGCGGCGCGCCAUGGCGUCCUACGUCGCCACCGUAGACGCCGCGGGGGAGCUGCUCGGCGGGUCGCUCGACGGCGACGAGAGGGCGGCUUACGAGGUAUGCGUCGUGGACUACGGCUACGCCGAGAAUUCCAUGUACCGCGUCACCAAAUACAUGCUGCCGCGCUGCGAGUUCGCCGGGCUCGCAGAUGAGUACAUGAACUGCGUGGUGCACAUGGAGAGCUGCAGGAACCGCUUGAUGCGGCUCGCUGCGUCGCCGCUAUACGCCAUGAAUCUUGUCGACCGGAACAAGCAGUUGCUUGCUUACUCCCUUGCUCAAUUGCUCGGUAUAUGAGCGUCGAAUAGUUUGCUUCUGCUAAAUCAUCCUUGGUUAAUUGCAAAAUAAGUGUAAUAAACUGAUAAACGCA